CGCUUCACCUUUUUGGAACGCUUUAAUAUAACAGGCUUUGUAAACACAGUGGAGGAUGGGCUUAGCAUAUAACAUCUUCACCGCAAUCUUCUGCGCUAUAGGCUCGUUUCUGUUCGGGUAUGUAAGUGGUAUCAUUUCCUCUGUGAUCACGUUUUCUCAUUUUGAGAAUUUCGUGAACGAUCCGUCAAGUUACGACAAUCUCUCUGGAGCAGUAGUCUCUACCUUUACAGGAGGUUGCUUCUUCGGUUGUAUGCUAGCGGGUUGGUCGAAUGACAAGUACGGUCGUAAACGGAGCAUACAGCUAGGUGCCCUGACCGCCCUGUGGGGAUGUGCAAUGCAGUGUGGCGCAAAUAAUUUUGCGUGCAUGCUUGUAGGGCGUAUAGUCGCUGGCUUUGCAAUUGGCGCUCUGUCCAUGACAGUACCAUUGUACAACACCGAGAUUGCUCCUCCAAGAAUCCGCGGAUUCAUUGUUGGCCUUUCUCAGCAGAUGAUUGGGAUUGGAUUUGUCGUUGCCAACUGGGUCGGUUAUGGAUGCCAGUAUAUUGAUUCCGACGCUGGAUGGAGACUUGCUCUGGGAUUUCAGCUUAUACCUGCAUUUCUCCUCCUUGUCGGUAUUCAGUUCCUUCCCUUCUCUCCUCGCUGGCUUCUGGAGCAAGGACGAGAUGACGAAGCGCGUGCGGUCGUCCGCAAGUUGCACGGUUCUGGAAGCCCGGAGCUUGAGCACGAAGUUGAUGUUCUGUUUGAAGAGAUGCAAUCUGUCAUCAAGGCGGAAACAGCGAUCAGGUCGAGAAGCAUUAGUGACCUAUGGGAGACGCCUGCUAUGUGCAAGCGCACUCUCGUAGCUGUCGGCGUACAGGUUUUUGGGCAAUUCUCUGGUAUCAAUGUCAUAAAUUACUUCGGUCCUUCGAUGUACAAAUCGCUGGGGCUGAGUUCAGGGCAAUCGCUUCUUGUGCAAGGGAUAUACGGCGCCGUUGGACCCAUAGCAAAUUUCUUUUUUAUCACGCUUGUUCUCGACACUGUGGGACGGAAGAAGCCUCUAAUGUUCGGCGCCGGCAGCUUCAUUGUCACAUACUCCGUUCUCACGGCCAUCGUGGCGUGUUUCCCUCCCGGUGUCUCUGAAAACCAUCCCGCACAAAAAGCCGGCAUUGCUAUGAUUUUCAUGACGAGCAUAUUCUUCUCGCUGAGCUUCGGACCUGUCAGUUGGGUGUUAGCGUCGGAGGUAUUCCCUACAAAGACUAGAUCCAUCGGCACAAGUGUUGCUACAUGCGCCAACUGGGCGCUCAAUGUGUUAUUUUCUCAGGUAUCAAAUCUGGCAAUCGCGAAUAUUAGCUGGAAGUACUAUCUGGUUUUCAUCUGUUUGAAUACGGUAGACUUCGUGGUUAUCACAAUAUUCUUCCCUGAGACAAAAGGGAAGACGUUGGAACAGAUGGCUGAGGUAUUCGGGGACGAAGUAGAUUCCCAUGCAAUCCAUCAGAUCGACGUUCACGAGUCAAGUGUUCAAGAUGUAGAGAAAAAGGCAUGACAACAGAGAACACGAUCGUGUUGUCCCACC